UAAAAAUGGAACGAAUCGCAGUUUUGGUGGUAUUCGCCUUCGUUCUCACUUGUCUCCAGUAUACCUCAGCAGAAGAAACUGUACUAUCGGAAGUCUUAACGCCCACAACCGACAGUGAAAAAUUAAAAAGACAAAGCAGAAGUUACUAUGACUAUAGAUAUGGAGCACCAAGACCAUUGUACGACAGACUAGAAUACGGGAGACAGGAUUAUGACAGACCACGAUGCGGCAGAUGCGACGACCGUAGAGACGAUCGCGAUGACAGGGACGAUGAUUACGAUCGUCGAGACCGCUACAAUGAUGACAGACGCGGACACAAACCGACAUACGGUAGCAGAUACGACAGUAAAAAGAACUACGACAGCGACGAAGACAGAUAUUCCGAUAGAAAGAAUGGACAAAAGAACGGAACGGAAGAAGAGAACGGGGAUAACAAGAGUGGUUAUGAUGAUAAAGAUAGCAGACCAAGCGGCAGUCGGCGAGGAAGCGAUAGGGAUAGAGAUCGAGACCGUGGGCGAGACAGAGACCGCGAUAGGAGACGAGGUGGAGACAGAUACGAUGACAGGGAUAGAUAUAGACCAGAUUAUUACGACAGAUUCCUAAGGGAUCCUUAUAGAGAAAGAGAUUAUUAUGACGACUACAGAGGUAGACGACCGACUUACGAUAGAUAUUAUCCUAGUUAUGAUGAUGGGUUGAGUAGAUACGAUCCCUAUGGAUACGCAGGUGUUAGAAGACCAGUGUACGACGACAGAGGCUAUGAUGACGGGUACGGUGGAUAUGGACCAAGUGCGGGCAGAGGAGCUCAUGAUAGUUUCAGGCCGUGGGACGAGACUUACCGUGGUCAGGCGGGAUGGGAUGCAGGAGGUAGAGGCUACUAUUUCGCGUCAGGCAGGCCUGAUGCAGCGCCCGCUGCUGGCUGGGGACGACCUGAAUAUUCUAGACCCCAAGACGCCUAUCAAAGUAUAGGAGGCUAUUCAGGAGGUUACAGUGGCACGUACCGCGAUCCAUACGCACAAGUUUCAACCGGAUACAGUCAAGGCUAUGGUCAGGGCGCCAGCUACGGUCAGGGUGCUGGUUAUGGCCAGAGUGGCUAUGGACAGAAUGCAGCUGCUUAUGGAGCCAGCUUCGCGGGGUACGGACAAGGUGGCAGUGGAUGGCACAGUGUAGGAGAAAGAAGACCUUAUCGAGAUGAGAGUGGCGUCAAAAAACUGGAGAACCGUGACAAUUACAACCAGGACUCUAAACGCAGUCAGAACAGCUACGAGCCGUCGAGCCGUCAGCCGUCCAACUAUGGGCAAACGGCUAGUUAUGGCCAGACAGGCUAUCAGCAAGGCUACGUCCAGAGCAGCAGCACGACUCCAGCCACCAGCUACCUGUUCCAAAGAGAUGAUGAACAGGUUACUGUGAAGACUAAUGAGACAACAAAGCAGCCAUCUUAGAUUUUGAAGCGUCUUUUUUUUACAUUUCAUGGUUGACUUAAGAUUUAAAGUGUGGUUGAGAGAUGACUGUUCUUUUUUUAUUGUGUUCGUCGAGGAAAAAUAUUGUAAUUUAGUAAUACAUAUUUGGACUUAUUGUUUUUUAU